UCCAAAUGAUACAAAUUCCUCAUCUAGUAGUAACAAUGGCAGCGUCGACGAAGGCUGCCGCGUUCUUCUUCCUCCUCUUCCUUUCAAUUGGGAUAAUAUCGGUUAUCGGUGCAGGUAAAACCUAUCCUGAUGUUAUCAACGAGUUUUCAGAUUACUUCAACUUCGGCGGUAAGAAAAUCGCCACGAAAUUGAAUCGAGACCAACGCGAGAAUUCCAUCUUCAAGUCGAAAGUGGACAUCAUCGGUUCCGUCUUCAAACUAAACGUGGACAAUCUGAAAACCGGAGGAAUUCUCGAUUUGGUCUUCCUUAUUGAUGCAUCCUCGAGUGUAGGCGAAACCAAUUUCAGGAGCGAACUGAAAUUCGUGAAGAAAUUACUUAGCGAUGUUACCGUAGACUUCAACCACACCAGAAUCGCUGUAGUCACCUUCAGUUCUCAGGAACAUAUAGUGACGAACAUCAACGAAAUUUCCAUGCCGACCGAAACCAACAACAAAUGUUUGCUCUUGAAUAAAGAAUUGAACGAGAUUAAGUACUCGGGUGGAGGAACUUACACUUUAGGCGCUUUCGAAAUGGCUCAAGAUAUAUUAAACGGAAGCAGAUCUGAAGCUAAGAAAAUCAUUUUCCUAAUUACUGAUGGUUUCUCGAAUGGAGGAGAUCCCAUUCCCGUUGCAAAAGAUUUAAAAGCUUUAGGUGUAACAAUUUUCACCAUAGGAAUUCUCAAUGGUAACUACAAAGAACUAUAUCAAUUGGCUUCAGAGCCGGGCGAAAUGUUUAGCUUCUUAUUGGAUAGUUUUGAACAGUUCGAAAGCCUAGCCAGAAGGGCUCUACACGUCGAUCUGCAAAGCGGAGAUUACAUUCCUCUAGGAUCAAAUCAACCAUGCGAUAAACUUUGUCCCGAGAAGAAUUGCUGCGAUAAUCAGGCUUUAUGCACUUGUGGUACAACUACUGGUCACUACGCUUGUCUUUGCAGGCCUGGGUAUUACGGUUCAGGUUUACAAAACGGAUGCUCACCUUGUCCGUCGGGAAGUUACGCAAGUGGACCAAACCUUUGUCUUCCUUGUCCGGACAUUAAUCAUUACACUUUUCCACCAGCGAUUGGGAUCAGCAGUUGCACUUGUAAAAGCGGUUACAAAGCAGCUGAUAACCAUAAAUGCGAAGUUAUCACUUGUCCGAAACUUAAACCUCCUGAAAACGGAUAUUUCGUCAAAAGGAAGAAUUGCAGUAACGUACUGAAUAGCGCGUGCGGCGUUAGAUGUUUUGUUGGUUACACUUUAAUCGGAAGCAGCAUAAGAUUGUGUCUAUCGAAUGCCACUUGGAGCGGCAAGAAUCCAUCCUGCGAAGUAAAAACCUGCAAUAAACUGCAGGCUCCUCCACACGGUUCAAUGUACUGCAAGCACUCAGAUUUAGGUGAAGACUUUACCGCAGAAUCAAAACUUCCCGUGGACACAGUCUGCUCAUUCGCUUGUGAAAGAGGAAGAACCUUAACAGGAUCUGUUCAAAGGACUUGCUUACCUUUGGCUCGUUGGGAUGGUUUAAAAACGGCUUGCAAACAAAUCAAAUGCAACAGACUCUCGCAAAUCAACUUUGGAACAGUCGAGCCAAAAUCCUGCACAACAGGUAAACAGUCGUUCGGAAAGAAAUGCAAUAUCGUUUGUAACGAAGGAUUCGAAUUGGUUGGUCCAUCACAGAAAGUCUGCUCAGGACAGCACGGAACAUGGGACAGUAUUGAUGAAGUAUUUUGCAAAGAUAUUACCAAACCGAAUAUUACUUGCCCUGAUAAUAUACAAGCUGAAACUUUAACCGGAAAACCUUAUGGUUUCGUUUCAUGGAAUGUCCCCAAUGCUACUGAUAACUCCAAUUUGAACGUCUCCAUUUGGACUAAACCUUCCAUAAAGAAAGUAAACAAUUUCAAAUUCAAAAUUGGUACAACUAUUGUCACGUAUUUUGCUCAAGACGGCUUCAAGAACAGAGCUAAGUGUAAUUUCACCGUUAAGAUAUUAGAUAAGCAACCUCCCAAUAUAGAACAAUGCGUUGACCCUCCGCCGUUUUUAACCGUCGAGAAACAGCCGCAAAACUUAACAUGGGAUGAACCCGUCAUCUAUGAUAAUUCUCAAAACGUCAAUGUACAUAAAACUCACGAAUUUGGUUUGUUCGAUAUUGGAACUACUCAAGUGAUUUACACCGCUACAGAUUUCUCUAACAAUACAGCCUCUUGUACACUCAAUAUAACAUUACAAGAGUCCAAAUGUGAAGAUCUGCCCGAUCCGAUUUUCGGACAUUCAGAUUGUCAACCAUUCUCCGACCAAAUUCAAUGCGUCGUCACUUGCGAUGAGGGAUAUGCCCUACCUUUAUAUCAGUCAAGUGUAAUUGAUGUUGGCAAUGAAACCAAAUUCAUUUGUGAGCAUAGCCAACCCAUGUGGUACAGCAACGCAGGAGCGCUUCUCGGCUGUUCCGUAAGUGAAAUACCUUUGGAGGUGAAUCAUACUGGAGUUAUUGAAGUGGACGAUCGUAAAGAACUUUGUCAGAACGAAAGCAACUUAACAGAUUUUGGAAAUGAAAUCGGCAACAAAUUGGAAAACGAUUGCGAAGGUUUCGAAUGCAAAGUUACCACCGAAGCAAUCUGUCUCGAUGAUGAUGAUAAGGAUGAGGAGGAGGAGGAAUCGUCGAAUAUAAUAAAGAGGGAAAUUGACGUGAGGGAAAAACCGGGCAAAAGGAAAUUCUUUAGAAGGAAGAAGGUUAACGUAAAGUUCAAAUUGCACGCCAAGAAUAUCGGUUUGGCUAAAAAAGUUCCCAACUUUAGUCAGAUUAAGAAGGACGGUUUGAAAGUUCUCGUUCAAAAAUCAAAAAUCCUUUGUCCGAAAGGCUCUUUCAUCAAAAAAUUAAAAUGCGUUCGUUGCCCAGAAGGAACAUUCCACAAUGAAACAUCAAACUCUUGUCAAAGCUGCACAAUUGGAUCUUAUAAUGAUAAAACCGGUCAAAUGGGAUGUUUAUCAUGUCCGGAUCAUUAUUCUACCAGAAAGCUACAUGCAAAAUCUUUAGAAGAUUGUAUAGAGCAAUGUCCACCAGGAACUUAUGCUAGAAAGAAGCAAAUAAAACGACCGAAGAAUCAUCCAAAUGCUAUAAUUGAAAGAACAACUCUGAAACCUUACUGCACAUCUUGUCCUUUGGGACAAUACCAAUCCAAACACGGACAAAUCAAUUGCAUGACUUGCUCGAAAUCUUUGACCACAUUUUCCAGAGGUGCAAUCAGUUCGAACGAUUGCGUUCCGAAUACCGAUUACCAAUGCCAAAUAGAAAAAGUUUGCAAUUCCGGCACAUGCGUUGUCGAAGAAUUUCAGUACUCUUGUUUAUGCGAUGAUAAUUACAUAGGAUCGCAUUGUGAAAUUGGUAGUGAACCGUGCUCAUCGAAUCCAUGCCAGAACAACGGGACUUGCAUCAACGAAGAUCAAUCAACUUACAGUUGCAAGUGUCUGGAAGGUUAUUUAGGAUUGAGUUGCGGAGAAAUAGCAGAUACUUGUAAAUUACAAUGUACAAACGGUGGAACCUGCCUUAACACCGAGGAUGAGGAAAUCUGCUUAUGUCCUAAAGGAUUUAUUGGUGAUUUGUGCGAUAAAAAAUUGGAAUAUUGCUUCGAAGAAUUAUGUCAAAACAAUGGCUCCUGUAGAGAAGAUAUCAAUGGAUUCAAGUGUAUGUGCGAAGGAGGAUUCGUAGGUCGAAGAUGCAGUUACUUACCAUGCGAUUAUCAACCGUGCCCAGACAACGCUAUUUGCUACAACGAAAAUUCGACUUUCAAGUGUGAAUGUCUGGAGGGUUUCGAAGGAGUAAAUUGCACGCAGAAAUUGGAUCCUUGUAAAAACGUCAAUUGUCACAAUGGGAAAUGCGAAGAAAUCGAAAAUUUUAGUUACAAAUGUAAGUGUUUCAGAGGAUUUUCAGGGAAAAAUUGUGACAAUGAAUUGAAAGAGGAUUACAUUCUGAACUUUCCGAGAUCAUCGACCACAGAUUUUGUGAAUAUGGACGGUUUCCAAAACGAUCUUAAUCAAGUUUCCAUCUGUUUAUGGGUAAAAACGAACGAUAGUUUUAAUUAUGGAACUAUAUUGUCGUAUGCAACUGCUGAAUUUGAUAAUGCCUUUACAAUUACCGAUUACACUGGAUUGGUAAUUUAUAUUAACAAUAAAUACAUAGUCAGUGAUAUUGUAUUGAACGAUGGAAACUGGAAUUUCUUCUGCUUUAAUUGGGAAAGUCUUGAUGGAAUUUUUGGAAUAUAUCUUAACGGAAAAAUGAUUCAAAAUGGAACAAAUUUAUCAAAAGGCGAACAAAUUAAAGGUGGCGGAAAGUUAUUUUUGGGUCAAGAGCAAGAUGUACUAGGAGGGAAAUUCAGCAGGUCAGAAUCGUUUCUUGGAAGAAUGGCAUAUUUCGAAAUGCAUUCUAAAGUCUUGAGUCAUGGCGAUAUCAUAGAAUCGAUGAGUUGCAACCAAAGUGUUUUUGGAGAUGUAUAUACUUGGCCGGAAAUCGCGAUUGGAAUUAAUGGAGAUAUCACUGUAGAAGACUCAACGUUUUGCAAGAAUUGCCCAAUUCUGGAAGCGCCCAUCAACGGAAACGUAACUAUUGUAAAUUCCACUGCUUUCUACUCUUGCAAAAACGGGUACAAUACCAAUAUUACUCAAAGGAUUUGCACGAAAUCUUCGAAAUGGGAUAAAGUCGCUCCUAUUUGUAUACCUGUGAAAUGCGGACAUCCGGGUUAUAUUUCAAACGGUGUGUUUCGUGGAAGGCGAUACACAUAUUCCGAAGAGCUUACCUACAAAUGCAACCACGGUUACAACUUGACCGGUUCGAAAAUUAGGACUUGUAAGGAAGAUGGGAAUUGGUAUCCUGAAGCUCCGAAAUGCGUGGGAAUACAAUGCAUUAAGUUCGAUGCGCCUGAAAAUGCGCAACUUCUUGUAUUGACUGAAGACUAUACUGAGGCUGCUUUCGAAGAUUACGACAACUUCGAGGUAGGAUUACAGGUGGAAGUUAAGUGCGUCGAAGAAUCUGAGUUGAAUGGAGAGAGCGUCCUUACGUGCUUACACGAUGGCAGCUGGGACUACGAUAUACCAAUCUGCAAAUCCACGAAGAAAUUGAAGAUUCCUUGCAGCUUGGAACAUGUACCUGAAGCUCCAACAAACGGAUAUUUAGAAGAAGCGAGUUUAGCUUUGGUGCAGAGCAAUGAAGCCGAAUCGGUUUAUUACAAAUGCAGAGAGGGUUACAAAAUGCAUGGUUCAAAUAUCAGUACUUGCAUCAUCGAUGGUUAUUGGACCGAAUUGAAGAUGUCCUGCUUAGCAAACAUGUGUCCAAAACCACCGAAGUAUAAGCAUAUGGUACCGAAACUCUUGGAGCCAGAUCAGGUCUUCCAAAUUGGUAACAUGCUUACGUACGAGUGCGUGAAAGGUUACAAAGGCUUUUCCAACAUGCGACUGCGGUGCAUGUCUAAUGGAAAUUGGGGCAGGAUGCAAGGCAAAUGUUUUAAAAUUUCGUGUGGAAAACCAGUUGUAUUGGAAGAUACACAAAUUGUUGGACGAUCGUAUCUGUACAACAAUACAAUUACCUUAAUUUGUCCAAACAAAGUGGAGAAGAUGUUGCUGUGCGAAAGCGAUGGAAAAUGGAAAGGAAACAUGGAGAAUUGUUAACAGUUUAUUUACAUUUUUAAUUUGGAAUAUAUGUGUGAAUAAUAUAACGUUUUAUGUAUAAUAGGUGGUUAAAAAAAAGUUUAAAAUUAAACGUUAAC